UGCAACCGCAAGAACCUAAAAUUUUAAACUUAUUACCCUCUUUUAUCUUGUGUUAAAUAUAACCGUGAGGUGAAACCAUAUAUAGAUACGGUUGCUACCAACAAACGUAAAUUUUGGUUUCAGAUAAUUAGAUAUAGAUAGCCAACAUUCCAUCAAAAGUUGAAUAAUAUUUUCAAAGAGGGGGCGGCCGGAACAAAUUUGCUGACAAUGUAAAUUGACUAAGGUGUACAAAUCUACUUAGGUCUAACCGUAUGUUGCUAAAUUCUGAUGUCACCACGAACGCCGAUCUAGUGUUUAUUGUCCAUUGUGAUGUUGCCUCGGAAAAAGGCACCACAUACAGGGCUAAUACAUUUGGGGUUCUUGUGUCAAACGCUUACGACAAUGCUGCCGCUGAGGUCUGGUUAAUCUGCGGAAGUUGUGCCCAACUAAUGGGACAAACCGAUACUGCCAUAAGGUCAUUUGAGUAUGUGCUACAACACGAUCCAUCAAAUGCCACUGCUCUUUGUGGCUUGAGUUAUUCUCUUCGGUUGAAUGGCAUCAAGAAUAACGAAACCAUCGGGGCUCAAUCCGCCAUUGAAAAAUUAAACAAGGCGAUCGAGUCAUUCCCCCCUUUGUUGAAGGAAGCGGCAAUUUUCAAGGAGUUGGCAGAAUGUUACUUGUUGAUUGGAUUGAAUGACCAAGCCCACCAGGCAAUACAAACCGCCAUACAAUUAUCACCCCAUGAUGCGUCAUUAUGGCUAUUGAGUGCCCAAACUUUGAUUCGAGCCGGUGCUCGAAGUCAUGCCACUGGAUCAUUAACACACUGUUUGUCGAUCUUGGACUCAGUCAAGAAAUUUUCUAGUACUGAUAUUGAAACUGCGCGAGCAGCCCAUGCUGAGUUGGCAGCAAUUGCCGCUGCCGAUGGAAAUAUCGAAGUAUCGAUUGCAGAAUUGACUGCUACCUUAUCAUUACCUCCUUCUGCUUUAACGAGAAAAGAUGAACAUAUUGCCUUAUGGUGUGCAUUAUCUACUGCCAAAGAACGUGCUAAUGAUAUUGCUGGUGCAAUUAAGGCUUGCGAAGACGCCGAAAUGACGGUGGGAAAUAGUGAUAGAAUCUUAAUGACACAUGCAUACUUGUUAUUGUUGAAUCCACAACUGGCUAGAAAGAAUGCACAAACAUGUAUUGAUUUAUUGAACAAGAUUGUUAAUUUGGAAACAGAAAAAGUGUUGACCCAACCCAAUGAAAAGGAAAACGAUGAAGACUUUUUACCUUGGUACUUGUUAGGAAGGGCAUAUUCGUUUAUGGACCAGCCAAGAUUAGCGUACGAUUCGUAUCAAGUGGCAUUACGUCGAGCACCUAAUUCUCCAAUCACAUGGUUAGCCGUGGGUAAAUUAUACUUGGAAUUAAAACAAUUGCCCGAUGCAUUAGCAGCCUAUUCACAAGCAUUGAGAUUACAAAUGGAUGAUGGAUCACAAGGGACAGCUACUGCAUGGGACGGAUUAAGUUGUGUUUAUGAGCGAUGCGAUGAUCAUUUAAUGGAUGCUUCAGACGCAUGCGCAAGAGCAGCAGCUUGUUUCAAAGCCAUUGGAGAUUUAAAGAACGCAGGCGUGUUUGAAUCAAGAGCAGAUGCCUUGGUACAAGCUUCAAAGAAGGAAGGGUCCAUCCCAGAAUUACGAGAACCGCCUGAUGUUCCUAGCUUUUUAUUGCGUGAUCUUGUUGCACUUUCAACCGCUGAACGUAUUUCUUAUAUCCAGAGCCAACAGCAGCAGCUCCAACAACAACAAGAGCAACAAAGGGUCCAACAACAACAACAACAACAACAACAGCAGCAACAACAGCAACAGCAACAACAACAACAACAGAAUCCUGAAGUGACUAUGGUGCAACAAACACCACAACAAAUUCCAAUACAAGUAUACCAACAAGUUCCACCACAACAGAAUGGUAGUCAAUACCUUUAUCCAUUACAAUAUGCUUAUAAACCCGAUCAGAAGUCGCCCCGUCAACAACAAAUGUUACCACAAUUGCCAAACCCACUUCCACCUUCAUACUUGCCUCCCGACCAACAACAACAACAACAACAGCAACAACAACAACCGCAAUACUUUUAUCAAGCUGGGCCACAACGAGGAGCAUUACCGCCAGCACCACCUCAUUUACAACCAGGUGGACCAUUGAACCAUCCACAAAUGAUCCCUAAUGGAGGCCCCUAUCCCGGUAUGCCUGGUGCUCCCGCUGGAUACGCAUAUAGUCAACAGCAGUAUGUUCCAAUACAAGGAGGAGUAGUUCCCCAGCAAUAGAAAGAGUACAGAAUAUCUUUUUGUGUAUAUUAAUAUAGUGCUAUUGUAAUAAAUUUAUGAAGUUAUGCCAAUCGCCUAUAUGAUAAUUAGGCUGGUUUAAACUAUAUUUGUCUAGUAUGUCUACGAUUUUUGUACCUUGUAUGGCACAGGCAAUGUCUGCUUCCAACAAGGGGAGAAGAUCGUUUGAACUGUCGCCUAUGUAUACCAAUUGCUUAUCUCUGCGUAAUCGUUCUACUAUAUUGAGUUUAUCACUGGAGAUUCUGACGUUGAUUGAGUUAUCCCAAUCACCUGUGGUGAUUUCGAUGUCUUCAACUUUUUCAAAGACAAACUCAUUGGCGAUUACUUUAAUUUUGUCAUCAUCCACUGAAAAUCCAUGCAAUUUCAAACAUUCAAUGAUUGGUAUUCUGGUCCAAUUGACACUUAGAAUCACAAAUGGGAUAUCCAACGUCUGGCAUUUUGUCAAGAACUCAACAAACCCAGGCCGAAGUUCAAUCUUAUUGGCUUGAAGACGGAACUGAUCUUUAGUCAACCCCAGGAAAAUCCUGUGGUCGGCCAACGCCUGAAUUGAGGUGUUUUCCACCACAGCCAUACCAGAUUGGAAUUUAAUUUCUUGGUCAAGGUUAGAUCGAGGUCCAAAUGAGUUCAGAUACUUGUUGUAGGCGUCAAGGUACACAUUGGUGAAAUAAGAGAAAGGCGGUGUGCAAUUGGGUUUGUUGAUGUAUGCAGUUUCCGCCACGUAUUUGAUUGUGUCCUUGGCAGUUAUUGUUUCAUCCCAGUCGCUGAUUACUAUCCUGGGUUUCAUUCUGGGCAUUCGAACUAUAGAUCGAAGCAUAGAGAUUGACACAAU